UGUUCACAUAAAAGCUACUAUAGAGAUGGGAAGGGCACCAUGCUGUGAGAAAGUUGGGUUGAAGAGAGGGAGAUGGACGGAUGAAGAAGAUGAGAAGCUGAGAAGCUACAUUCAAGAGCAUGGAGAAGGGUCUUGGAGAUCACUACCAAGAAAUGCAGGGCUGUUGAGAUGUGGGAAGAGUUGUAGAUUGAGAUGGAUAAAUUACUUGAGAAAUGACUUGAAGAGAGGAAACAUUACUGCCGAAGAGGAUGACAUUAUCGUUAAGUUGCGUGCUUCUUUGGGCAACAGAUGGUCGUUGAUAGCAAGUAAAUUACCAGGACGAACGGACAACGAAAUAAAGAAUUAUUGGAACUCUCACUUGAGUAGAAAAAUGUACAGCUUUAGAAGGCUAUCAACAGAGGACUCACCGAUGAUGGUCCAAAUUACCAGAAAGGCCAUGGCAACUGAAAGUAAAGGUCGCAGAGUGAGUAGAAAAACAGCGAAGAAGAACAAAAAGGACAAUGCAAUCUCAACAAUACGAACCAACGAAGAAGAACCCUCAAAAGAGGAAGUAAUUACAGAUGUGUCAUUACCACCUUCCACUCCGCUCAUUGAAGAAGAUAAGGUGGGUUCUUCAAGUAGCUGCUUCAGUCGUGGGAAUUCGAAUGACCAUUCAAUGGUCCCGUGCCUUGGUAAUAAUACAAGUGGUGGAGAGAAAGACGGUGACGUUUUAGAACCAUUAUUAUGGAGCAUUAAUGAUGCAGAGAUUUUGUUCUUUGAUGACAUUAUGGACGCUUCUUCUACUACUACUGCUGCCGCUACUGGGUCAGCUGCAUUGCUGCUGGAUCCAAACGGGGAUUUGGGAUUAAGUGAUCAUGUCAACAUGGUUGCUUCAAGUUCGGACAAAAUGGGAACAAGUGAAAAUGUUCACUUUGAGAGUACUGGUAAUAAUUUGAGUUCCAAUAGUGACGGUUGUAGUACUAGUAGUACUACUUGUGAUUGGUACUCUUGCUCUUCGUUUGAUGAUGAUUUAUGGGUCGAUUUGUUUCAAGGAAAUGAAUUAUUGGAGACGGAGGAAAAUGAUCAAGAUACCAUGCUUUCUUUGUUGUGGGAGACUGAACUCAGAAUGGAAGAUCUAGACUUCUAGGUGAAGAUGUUGAGAAACAAAACGCAAUGGCUGGCUGCUUGGCUACUUUCUUGAUUGUUUUCUCUCUCUUUUUUUUCUUAGGUAUGCGAAAGUUUUGAUUUCAUUGUGUACUUUUGUCCCCACAAUUUGUUUGUAAAAUAUUAUGUUUGCUAGAAAAUCUUUUUGGCAUGGUUGGUGUGAA